AUGGUUUCUUCUCGUAGUGCUCUAAAAUAAACGUUCAACUUCAGGCCGUUAAUUUAUGUUGUUCAAUUUCACAGUUCGAAGAUUUUCCCGCCAGGUAUUUCGAAUGGCGCAGCGAUUCGCCUAUUCCUUCAUUUAAGAGCCCGCGCGCGCGAACUCUGUGUAAGUGGGAGAGAGAGAGAGAGAGACAGAGAGAGAGAGAGACAGAGAGACUGAGGGAGGGCGAAUGGGGAAAAGAUCUGCGAUUCCUAAUCCUCCAGAAGUCGAAAGCCUCGAUCAGAAAGAGCUCGAUGCAAUCGAAGCUGCGUUCGGGGUCCAAGAGAGUUGCUCCUCUAGAAAGAGGAAGACGGUCUCCGGCAACGAGGGUGGCACCGAUCGCCGGCGUUUACCUGAUUGGAGCGCGAUCUCGUCUCUUAGAAGUCGUCGGAUCGUGCCCGAUUCUGGUCUCAGCUCGCCAGGAGGUCCCUCUGUGGGUGGGGAGCAGGGAAGAAGGACCACGAGAUCGAUGGCUGCGGAUUCUAGCCCUAGAAACGAGACGUGGCAGAUGGUUCCUUCUUCUUGCCGUGCGCCUACAAAGAUGAAGUAUCCUAGCAUGAGUUUUUCUGGCCGUAUCGUGUAUAGCAGAACGGUUAUCGAUGCAGAAAAUGCUGCAAAAGAACUUUCCGACAUAAUUAGUGCAAAGAGGCAGGGCGCGCCUGAAAUAUCCAUGGGAUUAGACAUUGAGUGGAGACCAACAUUCAGGAGAGGGGCUACACAAAGAAGAGCAGCUGUUCUACAAAUAUGUGUGGAUACUGCCCAGUGUUUUGUGAUGCAUGUGAUCCAUUCUGGAAUUCCUGCUAUUUUACAAUCUCUAUUGGAGGAUGAAACAAUACCAAAGGUUGGCGUUGCCAUAGCAAAUGAUGCAUCAAAGAUUCUAAAUGAUUAUGGUGUUCGAGUUAAAGGUUUAGAAGAUCUGUCUGGUCUUGCAAACCGCAAGUUUGGUGGAGCUCCCAGAAAAUGGAGUCUUGGAUCUCUAGUUGAAGUGCUUAUAUGCAAAGAGUUGGACAAGCCUAAAAAAAUCAGACUGGGAAAUUGGGAAGCUGACGUUUUAUCAAAGGAUCAGCUCCACUAUGCUGCUACUGAUGCUUAUGCUUCUUGGUACCUACAUCAGGUACUGCAUUGCUUUCCAGAUGCAUCUGAGGCUUCCAAUACUGACUGAAGGGGACAUGGUAAAUUUUUAUAACGAUCAACUGCAAUAUAUAAUCUUGAAAUUGUGCAGUUGAUUGCCAACAAGAGCUCCGUACACUGGGCUAGACCGGUAGAGGUUGAACUUUGUGUCUUCAAGUUGAAGCAGUAAGAAGUUCGACGCUUGGGGUAUUUUUAUUGGGGGUGGGGGGUUUCUGUCUAACCCCAACCUGCCUUAAGCAAUUCACUGCUUGUGAUUAAUGUUGUUAAUGUCCCUUUUCGUUCAAUCGAAAUGGCAAGCAUAUUUCUGUUCCA